CUAGCUUGCUGUGUUAACCACAGUGACACCGGUCGUGGUGAUCCACCUACAGCUGCAAACGUGUCUUCGGUACUCUAAUUCAUAACGGGUAAAUCAAAAACUAACCACGCACAGAGAAGUGCUGUCUGUCAGCUUGAAGCGCCGUCACCUCCCCUCGGACUGUCCGCGGCUCUCGUCCUUUAAUCGGCCAGGAGCAUCUUUGACUCUUCCACAUCCCACACAGCAUCUGUUAUCGCUGUCUUGAGCCUCAUCCAGCCCCACUGUGGAUCUUUAGCCCCUCCGUCAGGACAGUGGCAGAGGCAGAGCCAGAGCCAUCGGGGACCAGACCAGCAGGCAGCAGGGCUCCAUGAGCACGACGGGGCAGCAGCAAGGGGGGGGCCUGCGCUCUCGCCGAGGCCUUGGCCGGGACAAGGACCCUGGGCAGGGCAUGGGCAUGGAGGCGGCCUGCUGGCUUGCCCCCGGAGUGCUGCGCAGGCUGAUUGAGCUGCCUUCACCCCCCCUGUCCCGACACCAGCUCAAGAGACUGGAGGAGCACAGGUACAGCAGUGCUGGACGCUCCCUUCUGGAGCCCCUGAUGCAGCGUUACUGGGAAUGGUUGGUGGGACGAGUCCCUUCCUGGAUUGCCCCAAACCUCAUCACCAUCAUCGGCCUCGCCACCAAUGUCUUCACCACCCUUGUGCUCGUCUACUACUGCCCGACUGCCACUGAACAGGCUCCCCUCUGGGCGUACCUGUUGUGUGCGGUGGGUCUGUUUGUCUACCAGUCAUUGGACGCCAUUGACGGGAAGCAGGCCAGACGCACCAAUAGCAGCUCUCCGCUGGGUGAGCUGUUUGACCACGGCUGCGACUCCCUCUCCACUGUGUUUGUGGUGUUGGGAACCAGUAUAGCAGUGCAACUGGGCACCAACCCGGACUGGAUGUUCUUCUGCUGCUUCGCUGGGAUGUUUAUGUUCUACUGUGCCCACUGGCAAACAUACGUGUCAGGAACACUGCGGUUUGGCAUCAUUGAUGUGACUGAGGUGCAAAUCUUCAUUAUAAUCAUGUAUUUGCUGGCCGCCGUGGGAGGAUCUGCUUUGUGGCAGUCACUGAUUCCGAUCCUAAAUAUCCAGAUGAAAAUGGUUCCUGCCAUCUGCACUUUUUUAGGAGCCAUCUUCUCCUGCACCAAUUACUUCAGAGUUAUUUUUACAGGAGGUGUGGGCAAAAACGGAUCCACAAUAGCAGGAACCAGCGUCCUCUCUCCAGUCUUACAUAUUGGUUCAGUUAUAAUUUUGGCGGUGAUGAUAUACAAGAAGUCUGCUGUCCAGCUCUUUGAGAAACAUCCGUGUCUUUAUAUCCUGGCAUUCGGCUUUGUCUCAGCCAAAAUCACCAAUAAAUUAGUUGUAGCGCAUAUGACAAAAAGUGAGAUGCAUCUUCACGAUUUAGCCUUCCUGGGACCGGGACUACUGUUCCUGGAUCAGUAUUUCAAUAGUUUUAUUGACGAGUACCUGGUGCUGUGGAUUGCAUUGAUCAUUUCCUUCUUUGACUUGGUGCGUUACUGUGUCAGUGUUUGCAACCAGAUUGCCUGCCAUCUUCACAUUUUUGUUUUCAAAAUCAAGCCUUGUUCAGUCCUCAGUUCAGCUCCUCACUGAGGACAUGCCGGCCAUUACUGACUCUGUCCCUUCCUGUUAGUCGCACUCAUCUUUUCUUCCCUCUGUUUUCCACGUAGAGAUGCAGGGGAUGACGUGGUGUAAAGUAUGUGCUUCUGCCAACUGAAUGUGAGGACAAAUAAUAUAUAUUAAGAUACUGGAGUAUUACUGUCAUUGUUUUCUUUUUCACCAGUGCAGAAUUGAAUUUGUACCAGUUUCAUCUUCUGCCCCAGUAACAAUAAUUCUUCUGACAAACUCAUGGUUACACAGAGCAAAUAUUUCAGGAGAGUACAGGUGCUACUCGGUGUGGUCAAGGAGAGAAACUUAAGUUUGUUUUAACUGUUUGUGUGUAAGAAAAUGUAUAGGAAAUGAAUCAAAAUCUUUGCUUUUCAUGAUUAUAAUUUUUGUAAUAUUUGCAUAACUUUACCUUUUGCUAUUGUAAAUAUCAAACUGUUACGAUGUCUGUGCUUCUUCUCUUUUAAUUUAAAAAUCCUGCUUUGACACAUUUAUAAAGCCUUCCUUCAUGUAUAUGAUUUUAAAGGAACGACAUCUCCUGCACAUUACGCAAAAAAACUGUGCAACUGUUUUACGUCAGCAAAAAUGCGGUUUUGGAGGAAACUUAAUACCAGCUUUGUUACAUUUUUCUUUGACAUAUCAGAAUACUCUUCAAACUUCAUGAUAUUUACUGUCAGUGUUUUUCAUUUGGUUUGUCAACUGUAACCACUUGGUUAUGUGGGACUUUGGACUGUGAUUCACGUCUGGGGAGGGAUUUUGUGUUUAUUAUCAUAUGGAAUAUUAUUUACUUAAAUAUUAAUGGUGGUUUGGUUAAUGCUUCAUGGUGUAAGUCUUCCUCUAAGCAUCAUUGUUUUUGUUGUAAGUAAAAAUAGACACACUGUGCACAUGUAAGAAAAAUAUAUUAGUCAAGAUCCACUUACGAGCAUUCAGAGCUUUGCAAAUGUGGACAAAAGGGGUAAAUGGACCUUUGAGGUCACAAGUUAAUUUUUAUGUUUAGAUUUUCUCACAUUUUUCAGUUGAUAAGAACAAAGAUGGAGACAUUUUAAAGUAGCUCCUUUGACUCAGUACUCAUUUCAACUUUAACUUUGUUGUUGUGUUACAUACCACUCCACUGUCACUCCUUUUUUCACUCCUUUCCCUUACCUCAACCUGGUAUCAUUGUUGUAAGUUUUCAUUAUAGUUAACAAAUCCCAUGAAAAGACCCAAACUAACAAUGUAUUGGUUCCUGUCUCAGUACUUUCUGACUUCCCUACACUGUCUGUGGCUCUCAGCUCCAGGACAACGGGCUCUUACUGAAGCAAAAUCUUUAAAAAUUCCUCACAAAUGUAUACUCUUUUUUUUUUUUUUUUAAAGGCUCAGCAAUUUACGGAAAAAGUUGGUCACUGAGAUUUUUAGUAAAUGUUGAUCAAAAAAGGGGGAAGUGGUUCAUUUGUAUGAGAAUAUUUUCAGCAGCGGAUCAUGUGUUCAUGGUAAUGAAGGAACAUGUCAUCAAGUGCAUCAGUGAUGUGUAUUUAAUCAUUUUUGGACAACAGUGGAGCUCUAUGGCACAGAGAAAUAAAAUGGAUCAGGCUUUGGAUACACGGACAAUACUUGGUAAUACUUUAUUUUACAAGUCCUGUGUUUUCCAGCCAAUUUUAUGGAAACUUUUCUCAUAACUUCCCCAAAAUUAGCUGGUAUUUAGAUGAGAAAUGAUGAGGAAGUUUCCAGGUAAUUAACUGGAAAAUAAGGGAGUCAUUAAAGAAAGCAUUACAGGAUCGGUUCAUGGCUGGUUGUAGUCUCUUCAUGGGAUUUUUACUGUCAAUAAGAAAAAUACAGAAUGUGACCAGAGUCAUCCUUAAGACUGAACAACCACCUCCUGCCAUUACGGUUAUUUAUGUGAACAUCACGCUCCUUCCUGUGUUGUCUGUGGAUGAUUCUGCUUAACUGAACCACUGUUUUUAAAAUGUAUUCAUUAUUAACACAAAUUAAGUUUCCCCCCCUAAACCACACCUGCUGAAGCAGAACAGGUGUAUGUGGAUUGAAUGUGUUGGAGAUGAGGUCACAUGAAGACAUCACAGUUUUUAAGAUGGUGACUGAUGAGAAUCAGAUCAAACUUUGUCCCUGACAGUUAAUAAAAACCUGUUUAUUUGA